CGUGGGAGGGGCGAGCAACCGCCGAGCUGCCGCGCCGAAGCGCUCCGCAGCCGGCGGGACGCAGACGGGCUGGGGUGGGUCCGUCCAGGCGCACGGGGAAAGCGGGCAGCGGUCCGGCGCGAGCACAGGCAUCCUCUCGCUGAGGCGCGGGACGUGACUCAGGGAACACUCUUGACCUUCGUCAUGGGAGCUGUAGUAGCUGAUGAUGGUCCAUCUGGUGUUAAAGCCCCUGACGGAGGCUGGGGCUGGGCUGUCCUUUUUGGCUGUUUUAUCAUCACAGGAUUCUCCUAUGCCUUUCCUAAGGCAGUUAGUGUCUUCUUUAAAGAACUUAUCCGGGAAUUUGGUGUUGGAUAUAGUGACACCGCAUGGAUUUCCUCCAUUCUGUUGGCCAUGCUUUAUGGAACAGGUCCACUCUGUAGUGUAUGUGUCAAUCGCUUUGGCUGUCGCCCCGUCAUGCUGGUGGGUGGCCUUUUUGCCUCAAUGGGGAUGGUGAUAGCCUCCUUCUGCACAAGCAUCAUUCAGAUCUAUCUAACUGCAGGUGUGAUUACUGGUUUGGGUCUGGCACUAAACUUUCAGCCUUCACUCAUCAUGUUAAACCGCUACUUUGACAAACGCCGGCCCUUAGCCAAUGGACUAUCCGCUGCUGGGAGUCCGGUGUUUCUUUGUGCUCUCUCACCAUUGGGGCAGAUACUACAACAUGAGUAUGGUUGGAGAGGAGGAUUCCUUAUACUGGGUGGGAUGCUGCUCAACUGCUGUGUAUGUGGAGCAUUAAUGAGACCUUUGGAGCCACCCAAAAAGUCUGAAGCUACCAAAGAACCAGCUGAGAAGAAAGUGAAGAAAAAACUUCUGGAUUUCAGUGUGUUUAAAGAUGGUGGUUUUGUAAUCUACACGCUAGCAGCAUCUAUCAUGGUGCUUGGCCUCUUUGUUCCCCCAGUUUUUGUUGUGAGUUAUGCCAAAGAUUUAGGGUAUCAAGACACCAAAGCAGCUUUUCUUCUGACUAUUCUGGGAUUCAUUGAUAUCUUUGCUCGGCCUAUUUGCGGAAUGGUAGCUGGUCUUAAAUGGGUUAGACCACGCUGUGUCUACCUCUUCAGUUUUGCUAUGAUUUUCAAUGGCUUCACAGAUCUCAUGGGUUCUAUGUCUAUUGAUUAUGGUGGCCUGGUGGUCUUUUGCAUUUUCUUUGGCAUUUCUUAUGGAAUGGUAGGUGCUCUUCAGUUUGAAGUUCUCAUGGCUAUUGUUGGUACUCAGAAGUUUUCCAGUGCUAUCGGUUUAGUGCUCCUGGCAGAAGCUAUGGCUGUUCUAAUUGGUCCACCAUCAGCGGGAAAACUCUUGGAUGCAACAGGGAGGUACAUGUUUGUGUUUAUUAUUGCUGGAAUUGAAGUUACCACCUCAGCACUCGUACUGGCCUUGGGAAAUUUCUUCUGCAUUAAGAAAAAAUCAGAAGAACCACAUACAAAAGAAGAAGCAGCAGAAAGAGAGGAAUUAAACAAAUCUGAAGACAAAACUCCUGAAGAUGCCAAGGUGGACUCUAUUGAAGUGGAGCAGUUUCUGAAAGAUGAGCCUGAAAAAAAUGGCGAAGUUGUAACUAACCCAGAAACAUGUGUGUGAGCAUGACAAGAAACCGACAAAGCGUUUAGAAAAGGAAGAUUUUCAACACUAUUUAUUUUAGAAAUAGAAUUAGUUUAGGGCUGGGCCAUCUGCUUUAUUAACUGGACGCUGGUCGGCUCAUCAGGUCUCUCUGGAAGCUGAUUAGCUAGACAACCUUUUACCGGAAAAUUAGCUUUAUCAGUAAAAGGUGGAGCAUUGUGGUUAUACUUUUUAUGUAAACUAAGAAGCUUUUAUAAACACAAGUAGAGUCUUGCUAUGCAUCACCAGAAACUGCUCACUUGGAAGAGAUAUAGGAAGAAUAUAUUUUAAGAAAAGUGGAAUUAUAUGUUUUCAGACAAUAUUGGUGAAAUUGCUGUGUUGUUGUGCAGCUAAAUAUAAUUUCCCUUUCUGUGUUCUUUGUGAAGGGGAGAGUUUGAGAUGGAAAAAAAUCUCAGGAACUUAAAGGUCUCCAAUAGGUUUUUGAAAUUCUUACUUUUUUAGAUUUUUAGAUUAAUUGGCUCAGCUGUAAUUUAAUUUUGAUAAUAUCUGUUACUUUGAUUUAUGUAAAUGUAUUUCUGAGUUUUGUCUAAACCAGUAAUCUUUGUAAUUAUCAUGUGGAAAUACUGUACGUGGAAAGGCACAUUACAGUUCCUGUCCUCAGCAGAUCACACAAGUGGUAUUCCAAGGUAGUACUAAAAGAAAAUGAGCAGAAUCAAUCCUGACAGACCAUAAGCAAACAAAGUUCACCUAUGUUUACAUACAGGGUUUUCAGUAUAGUUUCCCUGCAGCAUUGAAAAAUAUUACAAGUAACAUGGAGAAGACAGAUAUUAGGUUUAGUAGAAUCUUCUGAAAGUGUGCAUUUUGUAUUUAAAAGAAACAGUGUAAGUUUCCAGAUGACCUAUAAAUUAGAGUGGGUAGACUUAGGCAAGGGCUGGACUAUUUUGAAAUGAGUUAGCCAUCUUUAAAAUGCAACGUUAGCAACAUAGGAAGGUCUUAACAUGUUGUGGGUUGGUUUUCUUUGGGUUUUUUUGUUUUCGUUUUUUUAUUUACCCCACUUCCCUAUGCUUUUGCUUAAUCCAUGGAAGUUCAAGGUACCAUUCUUGCUGGUUGAGGAAACACAAUAGAACUGUUGAUCAUAUUUAUGACAGCAAUGGAAAAGGACCAAUCAAGAAUGGGGUCAGCUCUGCUACUCAUUGCACAAACAGAACGGGGGUCUCUGGCCAGUCUUUAGAUCUUCUCUGACAUCGGUAUGGGGGAAGGAGAUGAAACAGAACAGAUCAGACAAGGCAGUGACAGCACAUUUGAAGAAACAUGGAAAGGGAAAAGAUUCAUUGUGAGGACACUGAAUAGAAAACGAAGGUAAAAGGAAGGCAUUCUAAACUUUUUUUUUUCCACCCAAACACAUUCAAGAAGUGUAAUCUUUUAUACAAAAUCAUGCUACCGCAAGCCACCUUUCAGAUAUGUUUAUAAAAAGCUCUCUAGGCUUUUUGACUGCAGUAACGAUCUUCAAAACAGACUAUUUGUAACACAUUCAGUUUUCUUGUUGGUAGCAAAGGAAUAUGGCUUUCAGGUGCCAAAAUUGUUCCGCUUAAUAACUGAAAACUAAAAGACCCUAAUCCCUUAAAACCCCGUAUCCCUUUUAAAAAUAACACCGUUAGUUGUUUCAUACUCUACCAUUUUAACAGAAACAUACAGUAAAUCCAGCAAAGUGCCAAAACCAUGAACCCUUCCCUAAUGGAACUAUCUCAGAUACCAGCUUUCAUUCUGGUAGUUUCUUCAAAAUGGUUUUGCAUUGUUAGGACAACCUUGCACAGAAACUGAAAAGUUAGGAUCAUGAUGAUUUUUUUGAGCGAUUUUAAAAAGAAAUGGAUGCUGCACUGAAUAAACUGUUUAUUUUUAUAUUGCAUAUAGUGCAUUACUUUAAAACUUUUUUAUUAAUUUAGUGGCAGGAAUUGCACCGGCAUGUCCUAGUUAUAAGAACUUAGUCACCAAACUUAGCUCCAGUUUGCUAAAGACUAAAUCAGUACUUGGAACACAACAUUGCUAGCUCCAGAAGGCCACCAUAUGAAAGAGCAAGAGGAAAAUGGAAUCCACAGAUCAGCUUAUGAUAUCCCUGGAGGCUGCUUCAGAUGAUAUGUGAAGGCCUGAUAAUAGCUUUCAGAUUGGAGUUCCCUGUUCUGUUUCAAAAAGCAAAAACUAGAAUCCUUCCCAAAGGUGAAUUCAGAUUCUCAAAUAGCCAUUUUUGUCUUACUGUGGGUUUUCAUCACCAGAUUUCUUUGCUAGAUAAUGCUAUACUGUUAUCACAGAACUAAAUAUUUAUUCCCUUGACCUCAGGUUUUGGCACAAUUUUAAGUUUCUGUACAUUCUGCAAAUUGUCUAGACUGUAACAUCUCAAAAAUUUGGGCUUAUCAUACAGAUUUUCCAGACUAUUUUCCAACCAUAAUACCUUUAUGCUUAAGCUCGCAACAAGAAGUGUUACGUUACAUUUUUAUGUGGUUGGGGCAGAAGAGGAAGUUACUAAGACAAGGGAAACACAUUUCAACAAGACACCAUAAAUAAUUUCUAAAGUAGUGUUCACGGAAAGCGCCUCGUUGGCGUAUACAAGUUCUUUUCCUCAGCUCAAAGAUGUCCUACUCUGGGACUGCCAGUGCUCUUGUGCUAUUUUCAGCACAGACCUACCACUGGAUUGCAGUAUUUGUGAGAGCAGGAGAUGCUUACUGCAUGAGAGAGGUCAAGUCACAGAACUCUUAUCGACUGUGAGAAAUAAGGGUUGGAAUUAAAUUUGCUAGAGCAGUCUCACACAGCCUAUAAAAUCUUUUACCCUUUUGAUUAUUUACAAGAAGCAUCAACGCAGAGAUGAGAAACUCCUAAUGCAGCUCUCUGAGCAACAUCAAAACUGGCAGGCUUGAGAGUACUUCUGAGUUCUGGAGCCAAUUAAGCUCCCUGCUUCCAUUCUGUCCCAUUCAGGGCUGACAUCCAGGUGUGUGCUAGCCCUCCAGUCCUCUUUCCCUUCAGCUGCCUUUAUUUCCUUGGAAAGAGAUUGAUUAUACUAACGAGAAGGAAACCUCCAUGCAUGCCAGAUCCCUAGCCUCGACAACUGCGAGCCAGUGUGCUGGGCUGUGCUGAGGCAUGUACCCAACUGCUCCUAUGGACGUGGCCACAAAGGCCUUUACACUGAGCUCCUGCUUUAUAGACCUCCCUCCUUCCUACCCCAAGAUGUUUAAUAAAAAAAGCAAGCAGCAAGUCCUUGGGUUCCCAGCGCUGUCUUAGAACACGAGCUAGGAACUGUUACAUAGAGAAGGAGAGGACUGUAUUGGAACCCUUUCUCUUGGCAAGACUAGCCUGGCUCCUUAUUAAUUUAACGCUGGUUAUUUUAAAUUCACAAGGAACUGCUUUUAAACUCCUCCAGGUAGCAGAACAGUUCCAUGCAACAUCUACCUGGAUGCACCUUUGUUCAACCUUCACCUGGUUAAUAUUUAGUGAUCUGAAAAAAGGAAAGGGAAGAAAGGGGGAAAGGGAAGGGAAGGCAGGUAAUGACACAACUGAAUUGCCAAGCAUCCCAAAGACAACAUUAUAAUUUGCUCUUGUAUCAUACACUAUUGGAACAAAUGUAAUUUCUUUAGACACAUAGUUCAUGAAUCUAUUUAAGAAGUCUGUGAGGGAAACAAUCGAAAAACAAGUGCAAAAAAUCCAAGUAUAAUACUAUAACGCAGUUGAAAGAUAGUUUUCAUAGAGUAUUUCUCUGAAACUAAUGAAUGGUCUUUUAGCGUACAGGCUAGCAUAAUUUUUAAAGCUUUUUAGAUCUUUGUACAUUCUAUAAAUUGUGUACUAUAGGAUUUAUGGUUAAAAUAUCGUAUAUUUGAUCAUGUAAUGGAUCUUAGGCCCUUAAUUUCCUAAUGCAAGGAGAGGGUAUGUGUAUAAAUGCCUGUAACACACAGAGAAUAUAUAAAGAGGUGUAUAUGUGUGUGCAUAUAUAUGUAUUUAUAUAUGCAUGUAUCAAUCUAUACACAUCAAACAUGCAAAAUACCCAGCAGAGUAGAACAGAGACAGUUUGCCUGUUUACUAGACAAUAAGCAACACAGUUAAAACUAUUUUAUUCCUCCUCCUAUACAAAGAUAAGUUUGCUUCUUUAACAUUCCUAAAUAAAAUACCUUCUAGCUAUUUGGAGCCUAGAAGAUCUCAGCGUAACUAAAAAUCUUAAAGUGAUGCAGCUAUGUGUUUCAAAUCACGAUCUCUAGAUUUUAUUUUUCUCCAGUCCUUAAAUACAUUACAGUAAGUCUUCAGCAGCACCUGCUGCUAAAGCAGCUAGUUCCCUAAAGUUGAGACUUAAGAUGAUAUGAAGGUAUGGUGUGAAAGACUGGACAGAUCUUGCGCUUGUUAAUACUAAAUCCCAUCCAAACGCGUGUGUUAGACAAUGUAAAAUCAUUCUCUAAAAAGAAAUGAAAACAUUCCCCUAACCAAGAGAUCAAACUUCAGAAUGAAAAUUCAAAAUACACUCAUGUAUGUACCUUCGUUAGAUCCCAAAGAAAAGCUUCAGUCUUGUAGGCAAUCACGAACAGAGGGCUUUCAGAAGAACGCAAACUCUUACACGUUACAACAGUAAGUAUUGACUUGUGUAUGUGUGUCUGUCUCUCUGCCACACUUGUCUUUAAGACUACGGGAGUACAGUUCAGUUUUGUGGAAGUGAGAUGACUUUUUGUUUCUUGUUAAUGCACUUUAAUGUGAUGUGUACAUUUAUACUUAGAUUUUUUUGUGUGUGUUUUUCUAGCCAACUGUUGCAAAUGUGAAUAAAUAUGUAUUUGGUUGUCAAAGACUGUGGGUGUGAGAAAAUAAGCUUAGAAAAAAUAACUUUAACACCCAGAUUUGAAAAUUCGGCUUCAUUUGCACAUGCUCAAAUAGCUAUACAGAAGCGGACUGCUUAUAGAGAAGAAAAUAAGAGGUGACACCGAGCUGACAGGCAGCCAGAAUUUAAUGUGGGCAAGGGGACUGCUUUUGCCAUGACUCACAGUUUGGCCAAUUCCAAAAUGGAAAUGGGCUCCUGCUGUAAAUAAUCCUGAAGACUGUUUUAAAAGCAUCAACUAAUUUAUAAUAAUAGCUAUUAAUUUUGUGGUGCUCCAUGCAGAAAUUAUUGUUCUUGUCUUCUGAAGAGUGCUCCAGGUUUUGUUUGCAGGUGAAGUUUUAUGAACUGCUAUGACUAAAUAUCUUGAGUACUGACCUGCCAGCAAUCUGUCUUUAUCAUCAUGUGAUGCUCUUUAGAACUGGAAAGCUCCUAAGAAAACACAGUUUAAGAAUACAUUUAUGGUGGGUUUUUUUGGAUCCUAUGGUACCCCAGCUAAGACUGGCUCCUCAAGGUAUAAUCUCAAGGCUACACCCAAGUGAAUCAAAAUUACAGUCUCUUCAAUGUAACAAGAGCUACAUUUUGCUAUCUAGAAGCUAUCUAGAAGGCUCACACCUAUUUCUGCCUAAUUCUAAGUACCUGCUGAGAAAUUCUGGAGGAAUCUCUCUAAGCUCAGCUUCUGAAGUGUCUCUGUAGAUUUACACUGAAAAGAUCACAGGUCUAGUUUACAUAAAACCCCAUGUUUGAAUAAACAUAUGCUUACCUUUUUUGUUCUAGUUUAGUUAAAUUGGUAAGACUCAAGAUGUAAUCAAAUGCUUUGCUACCCCGCUGGCCAGAUCAAGCCAUAUGCUGCUACCGGAAUGAAUGUUACCCGGUGGACUGAAAUGACAGAAUUUAUUAGCAUGCAGUCAGCAUGUCCUUGUGACAGAAAACCAAAGAGUUUAUCUUUGCCUCUGGUACUCUUUGAGUCUGAAAGGACUCAAGGGCCAUUUGCUGUGGAGCAAAAUGGGCAUGACCUGAGUUGUACAGCUGUUGUUCCCUGCUGCUGGACCUGUUGAAGGAAGGUGACCCACCAAUAUUUGAAGCGUAAACAACUUUGACAAAUAGCAAAGGCACUGCAUAUGAGAAGCAGCGGCUUUGGAAUGUAUUAUUUUAGCAGCCUUCUCAACGCUUCUGGAAUAGAGCUCAUCUUUGUGCAAGUAGGAAAAAGGUGCAUCUACUGCAAAAGUCAGGGCUUUUAAAAGUAUCUCGCUAGUGACACAGUCCAUCGUCUGAGAAAGUAUGGAAAGUUAGAGGCAGACAGAGUAAAAAGCUACUUACCUCUAGUUAUAUGGUGUUUGUUCCUUGACUGAUCUCAAUACCUGCUUCAUCAUCUCAGCAACAUUCCAGCUGGCAACUUUCCUCACUAUCCCUAGAUAAAUGCUUUGGAGCAGUAAGAAAUGAGGAUAGCUCUUGCUCUUCUGACUCUUCAUCUGCUACUGUUUCAGCAGUUUAAAGCCUUUCACUGGAAAAUUCUGAAUGCAAUGAAGAAGUGUAUCCAGAUUUUAGUAUUUAAAAUUCUUUUCAGUCUUGCUGAAAAAUGUGGCGUAAGACCCAGUGGCUGACAAUGUCAGACAAACUUAAAAUACAAUUUCUUAGCAGUGAGAGCAGAGAAACAUUUGCUGUUUGGGGUCUUUUAAGAAAAAUAUCUGUGUGUGACCUCAAAAUACUGUGAAUAGCUGGUUUAUCCUUUCCUUAAGGAUUAUGGGAAAUACCAGAACCUCUGCUUGCCUUUGUGCCUGUAACGCUUGCAGCUUUGACCCAAGCUGAGGACUGUAAUUAAACUAAAUGUUUUGUCUGGUUAUGAGA